AUGUGGAAAAAUGUAGUAGUCGCAUCGACCUUACUUAUUAUAUUUGUUGCUGUGUAUUUUCCUUCGAGACAUGCAAGGCAAUAUAAUUACAUACCCGUGAAGGAAAUGGUUGAUGAAUUAGAUUUAAAACGGGCUCAAAGUAAUAAUGCACUUCAUUCAGAAAAACAUUGUACAUUCAAUGAAUUAAUGGGUAAAGUUGAAGAUAUCGAUACAUCUUCGAUAAACGAUAGAAAAGUAUUCAAAAAACCUCAAUUAGGAGGCGAAUUUAUUCCAGAAAAUUGUUUACCGCUUUCGAAAGUAGCAUUAAUAGUACCAUACAGGAACAGGAGUUACCAUUUGAAUAUCUUCAUAAACUACAUGCAUUGGUUUCUUCAACAACAACAAUUACAUUACAGGAUAUUUGUAGUACUUCAAAAUGAUUCAUUACCUUUUAACAGAGCUAAAAUGUUGAAUUACGGAGCCAAACAAGCCAUUAAUUAAAAUACGAUUGUUUAAUACUACACGAUGUGGAUUUGAUACCUAUAAACUUGAGGAAUAUUUACGCUUGCUCUAAGAAGCCUCGACACAUGUCUAGUAGCUUGGAUACUUUUCGGUACAAUUUACCUUAUUUAACUCUAUUUGGUGGAGCUGUUUCAAUAAGUACUGAGCAAUAUUUAAAAGUAAACGGCAUGUCUAACGAAUUUUACGGUUGGGGAGGAGAAGAUGAUGAUUUUUACAGGCGUUUAAUCACAAACAACAUGGAACCCUGCAGAUUUUCCCCGGAAGUCAGCAAGUACAUCAUGUUGACUCACAAGAAGGAGAAAGCUAGCGAGGCGAGAUACGAGACAUUGAAAAACGCCGAAGAAAAAGAACAAACCGACGGAUUGACUGCCAUUUCGAAUAACUACAAUGUAACAUUCGAGGAAUUGUUUACAUUGCUGAGGGUGCAUUAA